AAUGAAAUGGACGCACAUGUCAACAAUGACUGUGUUUGAAAAUAUUUAUAUGCAAACACACAGAUAACUGUUAUUGGCAUAAAUGUGUGUGCUGAAAUGAAAUGAAUUAAUUUCUUCAUUUAAAAAUCAUAUAUAAACGCAGUUAUUGUAUAAAUCCGUUAAAUUAACAAUAACCGACAAGGUCAAAUUCGAAUUUGCAGUUAUGAAACAUUGAUUCUUACGCAAUAAUCGGCUGCAACAAUACUGUAUUCACAUUUCUUGUGCAUAUAAGUAACAGAAAUAUUUACCUCAUCGUGGAUACAGCAUACAAACUUGGAAGUAGUCAGAAUGACCGGCGAAUCUGGUGACGUGAUGAGUGCCGAGACAAAUGGAGAGAAUCUUGAUGUAACAGGGGAGACAACCAAGGAAGAGAAGGAGGGAGAUGAAAACAAGGAACAGGAAGUGGUCUUGAUUCAGGACACUGGCUUCAACGUGAAGAUCCUGUGUCCGGGUGUGGAGGAGUUUGAAUUGCCAGUGAGUUCCAUGGAGCUGGUGCAGGAGAUUCACCAGGUGCUGAUGGAUCGGGAGGACACCUGCCACAGGACGUGCUUCUCCCUGCAGCUUGAGGGGCAGACACUUGACAACUUUGCUGAGCUGAAGACCAUUGAGGGACUCAAAGAAGGCUCCAUCAUCAAGGUUGUAGAAGAACCAUACACUAUCAGGGAGGCCAGGAUUCACCUUCGUCACAUCCGUGACCUGUUGAAGUCCGUGGACCCUUCCGACGCGUACAAUGGUGUGGAUUGCAACUCUCUGUCUUUCCUAAACAUCAUUACUUCAGGGGAUAUACUGGAAAAGAAAUCAAGCAAAUCUGGCUCUAUGGACUGCACCCCACCAGAAUACAUAAUGCCUGGCUCCAAAGAAAGACCUCUCCUGCCUCUCCAUCCCAAUGUUGCAGAACUGAAAACUCCAAACUGCGUAAAGAUUCUUACACCGAGUGGUUGGAACCCCCCACCUGGAAACAGAAAGAUGCAUGGAGACCUGCUAUACUUGUAUGCUGUAACGCUGGAGGACAAGAAAUACCAUAUCACUGCCUCAACAAGGGGUUUCUAUAUCAACAUGUGCACAGAAGACGUUUUUAACCCACGCCCCGCCGCCCAGAAGUGUCUCUCACACACACUAAUUGAGCUACUCAAUCAAGUGAGCCCCACAUUCAAGCGAAACUUUGCUCAGCUGCUCAAGAAGCGAGGCCAGAAGCAUCCGUUUGAGCGAGUGCCGACGCCCUACCAGGUGUACACAUGGAUGGUUCCCACCUCUGAACACACUGUGGACUACAUCAGAGCUGAAGAUGCUUUCACAACGCGGCUUGGCUACGAGGAACACAUUCCCGGCCAGACCCGUGACUGGAAUGAGGAGAUCCAGACCACCCGGGAGCUGUCCCGCAAGACCUUGCCAGAGAGGCUCAUCAGGGAGCGGGCAAUCUUCAAGGUGCACAGCGACUUCGUGGCAGCCGCUACCCGCGGGGCCCAGGCUGUCAUAGACGGGAACGUGAUGGCAAUCAACCCUGGCGAUGAGGCAAAAAACCAGAUGUAUAUCUGGAACAACAUCUUCUUCAGUCUUGGCUUUGACGUCAAGGACCACUACAAAGACUUCGGUGGAGACUUCGCUGCCUAUGCAGCACCUAGCAAUGACCUUCAAGGUGUGCGUGCCUAUUUCAAUGCUGACAUAGAAGGGAUGUACACACUUGGGACAGUUGUUGUGGACUACAAAGGCUACAGAAUCACUGCACAGUCCAUCAUACCAGGUAUAUUGGAGAGAGAGCAAGAGCAAUCGGUGGUCUAUGGAUCUAUAGACUUCGGGAAAACUGUAGUAUCAAAUGAAAAAUAUAAGGAAUUGCUUCAAAAGUCUGCUAGUCAUCUGAAAAUCAGACAACACAAGGUGCUUAAUGAAAAGAAUGAAGAAAUAGAAUUGUUUUCAUCAAUUGAAUGCAAGGGUAUCGUUGGCAACGACCAGCGACACUAUGUGCUUGACCUCCUGAGGACCACACCCCCUGAUGUCAAUUUCUCCACAGUGGCUGCAGAGGAGCUAAGCACCGACAUGAGAAACCAUGGUUACCCCAAACCACACAGACACAAGCUGUGUUGUCUGAGACAGGAACUGGUAGAGGCGUUUGUCGAGAACCGCUAUGUUGUGUUUGUCCGCACUGCAGCCUUUCACUUUCAACAGCUUCAGAUGAACAAAAAAACAGCCCAGGAGAAAGACAAGCUGGAUUCCAAAAACUGGAAGGACAUAUCAUCUGAGGUAAAGAAAGUUGUAGCAGGUGAGGACACGGUGGGUAAAGACUCCCUGGAGACUGAUGAGGCCAAGAAAAUUGUGGAGGCUCUCACUGGAAAUGAGAACCAAACCAUUGAAGAGAGCAGUCGAGACAUCGUGAAGAAGGCAGCAAUCGCUGUAGGAUCUCUCAGUGAUACAGAGUUCAACGUGACCUUUAACCCUGAUGUAUUCCAGUCCCACGUGAAGCACGCAGACCCUCAGUCCUCAAUGCUGAGGAGAGAAGAGCAGGUGGUGAAAGAUGCUGCUGAAUUCCUCGUGCUUCAUCAGAUUCCUACACUGGUGAACGACUGUCUGGACCACUCGUCUUCGCCGAUAGAUGGCGCCACCCUCACAGAGACGAUGCACACGAGGGGUAUCAACAUGAGGUACCUCGGAAAAGUGUCAGAGACGUUCUCCAAGUACAAGUCUGUGUCAUAUGUUUAUACAAUCUGCAUAGCAGAGCUGAUCACAAGGGCUUCCAAACACCUGUACAAGACACACAUGCAGGGCGUUGAGAGCCGUAAUGUCUCCAUGGCGAUCAGCCACUUCCUCAACUGCUUCCUGGGAUCAUUUCCCAGCCCCAACCCAGGAGUGUCCCUGGAUGAGCUGCAUGGAAAGUCUUCAAAGAAGAAGAAGAGGAAGAAUAAGCAAGGCAUUGCUGUCAGUGUAGAUAAUGUUGACUGGGUGAGUGAGACGCCAAAGUCCCUAUGGAAGAAGAUAGCAGAUGAAGUGGACGACUACUAUCACUAUACACUUGAAUGUGACUCCAUUGAUUCUGCUGUUGAAAAGUACGGAGUCCAGCGAGUGUCGCUGUUGCGCUCCUUCUGUCAGCGUGUCGGCAUUCAAAUACUGCUAAAAGACUACAACCUGGAGUGCCGAAAUAGAACAGUUUUCAACGAUGAUGACAUUGUGAAUGUCUUGCCGAUUGUCAAACACAUUCAGCCACGGGCGUCAGAUGCGUACCACUUCUUCACGAGCGGCCAGUCCAAGAUCCAGCAGGGUCUCAUCAAGGAAGGCUACGACCUUAUUCUGGAGGCCCUCAACCUGCUCAACAACGUGUAUGGGGCCAUGCACCCCGAGAUAGCUGCCUGCCUGCGCCUGCUUGCCCGGCUCAACUACAUCAUGGGAGACUAUGGGGAGGCAAUGAGCUACCAGCAGCGCGCCGUGCUCAUGAGUGAACGUGUGCUGGGAGUGGACCAUCCAAACACCAUCACUGAAUAUACUCACCUAGCGAUGUACUGUUUUGCCAACAACCAAGUGUCCAGUGCCUUGCGUUUGAUGUACCGAGCCAGAUUCCUCGCACUUGUCUGUCAUGGGGAAAAUCAUCCAGAAAUUGGCCUGAUUGAUAGCAACAUUGGGCUUAUUCUACAUGCUGUUGAGGAAUAUGAAAGAUCUCUUACUUUCCUAGAACACGCUUUACGCUUAUACCAAAAGUUCUAUGGUGGCAAGAGUUUAAAGGUGGCCAUGAGCUGCCACCUGGUUGCACGUACCCACUCGUGCAGGGGAGACUUCCGCGCAGCACUGGCCAGUGAGAAAGAGGCCUACACCAUCUACAGACAGAUGCUGGGAGAGGAGCAUGAGCGUACAAAGGAGAGUGGAGAGUGCUUGAAACAUCUCACGCAGCAGGCGGUCACCUUCCAGAAGAAGAUGAACGAAAUUGUGAAAGGGGAAAAAAUCACGUCAUUAGCACCUUUACAGAUUCAGACCCCUUCCAUGCAGAGUGUGCUGGAGAUGUUGAAUGUUGUCAAUGGAAUAGUCUUCGUUCAAAUUAGCCCCGAGGAAAUUGCUAGAUUACGUCGCGAAGUUGGCCAAAAACAGGAACAGAAAGAGGUAGAAAUGAGCAAGUUGAACGGCAAGGACUCAGAUAGUAAGGACUCUGAUAGUGGCAACGAAUCAAAUGGUGCCUCUAGCCCUGAGAAAGAAUCCCUUCCAGUAAUCAACGGCACGUUGGUCAACGGGUCUGCACACCUAGAGGAGAUCCUCACUAACUGAACUGUGGAACAUUCAGCUAUUAAAUGGCAUUAACCCUUUAAGCGCUGGAACCAAAUUUUAAAGGCCUUUGCAAACAGUUUGGAUCCAGAUGAGACGCCACAGAACGUGGCAUCUCAUCAGGAUCCAAACUGUUUGCUAUUCUGAUAGUAUUCUUUGAAAAAAUUCUAAGAAAAUGCUAAUUUUACAAAUUCAGCAGACGACAUUUUAGCAGACUACAAAUUUCCCAGCAUGCAAAGGGUUAUAAUAUUCAGCUAUUGGAUGGUGUUUGCUGAUUAUUAUGGUGUUGCAUGUGUCUGUACAUUUUUUAAAGAAAGCGUGUUAAUCAUGAGUUUUGUAGCUGAUGUGUGAUACUUAAGUAUUCCCCGAUCGUUCAGACUAUGUGAAGUGAUGAAAAAUUGAGGGAAAAAAUCAAUCAUCAGCUCUCUUUGUUAAUGUCAUGGAACAAUAUGUAUUUGAAAUUUAUAUAUAUAUAUGUGUAAGAAAGGAUUAUUUUCCUUCAAUUGUGCAUCAAAAUUGAAUUUUGGGGUAAUCCUUCCUAGUGGAUCAUUUUGGAGUAGUUCCCUUUUUGCCAAAUAUGCAUUUUCUGUGCAUGAAUAUAAUCUGUAGUGCUGCUGAAGAAGAAAUAUUUGCAUGCUUUAUGAAUUUCUUGAAGUGUAGGUCAACCAUGAUGUAACUUAAGAUUGACAAAUGUGUAGAGUGUGAAUAAAAAAUAAUAUAGUCUGUUUUAAGUAAGUUUAUUUGGUUGAUGUUGAUUGUUUCUUGGGGCCUACUGUUUAACAACCUGUGUUAAUGUUGGUGUUACAUGUCAGUAGAUAUGGGUUUGUGACAUUAUAAAAGACAGGGGUCUGUGACAACAAUGUUUGUUUCUGUUCAUCAUUUUCAUCUGAUUGUAACUUCUUCAUACAGCAAGAAAUAAAGCUUAGUCUUCUGUUUCUAACUAAUUGUUUUGUGUACCAUUUUUUGUUCAAAGAAACAAAACAUUUAGGAAAUUCUGCAGCAAACAGUUGUGACUUAACAUAUGUAAAAAUUGAUUUUCAAUAGCGGAAUGCAGUCUUGUUUAUGAUGUCGUAACAAAUGUUUAAUGACAAAUACAAUUAAUGGGAAUUAAAAUCUAAAGUGUUAUACUAUGCAGUUCCUGUCUAUGUACGUACUUUAAAGGUUGUAUCCCUAAAACAAACACACAUUAAUAUAAUCAGAUCAUUAUAUUCGGAAACAAUACAAUCUAAUUUAUGAAUAAAAACUAACCCCUAUUGUGUAUCUUCAUUUAUUAUGUUUCACAGAAAUUUCAUUAGUGCAUGUAUAUGUAAAUAUGAUAUGAAUUUUGUACACUCUUGUUCACUGUGUUCGUGUAUAUGUUUUCAUGCUUCAACCAUUGGUAUAUAAGAAACCAUUGUUAUAUACUUAUGACAUUUCCUAGGGUUAGUCCAAGUGUGAUGUCCAUGUUCUUAAUUUUUGUUAAAAUCAAAAUAAAUGCAGUAGAUUUUACUACUACAUGCCUAUUAUUACAUAGAUUCAAAGGAUUUGUUAUGAACUGUUUAAUGUCUUAAUUGGAAUAUUUGUUAGUGAACGUAAAACGUGAAUGUAAAAGCAUUGAAUUGUAUACUAUUAUUAUGUUGAUAUGUCAAGCUUAUAUUUUUGUUAAAUGAUAUUUUAUCUUUAUUUUGUCUUGAACAUGGACUGGUGAUUUUGAAUAGAUUUCUGCAUGUUAAACCCUAACCACAAUGCACUGGUUUUUUUUGGUAAUUUAUUUUAGUUGCUGUAAUGUACACUCACAGUUUUAUAAUUAUACAAGUAAAUUAUUAUAAUAUAUAAUCUUAAAUCAUGCACUAUUUUGUUAUGUGUUAUAAUUUAUGAAUGGCUAUGUUUUAAAUAUAAUUAUCUUCCCCUGACAAUGUUGAAAGUGUUUGCGUUUUGGUAAAAAUAAUAUGCCAAUUGAUAAAUAAGACCCAGGCUUAUUGAAAGAAAUCGAACACCUACAUAUGUGAAUCAUUUUAUAAAAUGUGUAGUCAAAUAAUAAUCACAACAUUGUCAUUCGAAAGCUGCAAGUCUUAUCUGACUGCUUUGGUUUGUAUAAUUUUGGGUCAGUGCAGAACUGUAUUAAAUAAAUUGUGAAUAUAAACACCAGUAUGCAUUGAAUGAUUUAUUAUUUCAUAUCUUCUAGGUUUUGUGUUUAGACUUUAAGAUAUUCACCUGUGACUUAGUGUUUGUGUGGUUUGAAUUUUAUAGACUAGAUAUGCAUUUGUUAGGACGCAUAAAUUGUGAACAAUAAUAAACAAAAGUUUGCCAUA